GUACUUCUUGUCAGGAAGAAACGCCGAGAGGUGGGAGUGCCUGGGGAGGGAGGCAGGCGGUCCCUACCGCAAGCGCGGGGCGCUGCUUUUCCGCCCCUCUGCCUGCUUUGCAAGCCUGGGCUCUUGGAGUGGCUGAAGCUGCGGAGCGCUUCAGGAGCUAGUGAAUCAAGCCUCCUCCUCUUCCUCCUCCUCCUCCUCGCUGAGUCUCCUCCUCGGUGCUGACGGUACAGUGAUAUAAUGAUGAUGGGUGUCACAACCCCCAUUUGAACUUGCAGGCAAGCUGCCCCAAGCCUUUCUGGGGAAGAACUCCAGGCGGGCGGGCGCAAUAGCCGCGAACAUUAGGUGCUGUGGACAGGCGCUGGGACUGGGAUCCGCGGCCAGCCCCGCAUCCUCCCGCAUCCUCCAGCACCAUCCGGCACCCUCAGCACCCUUCCCCAGGCCACCGCGCUUCCUAUGUGACCCGCCUGGGCAACGCCGAGCCCAUUCGCGCAGCGCUCCGGUGAAUUGUUCCCCACAAACUGCAAUAAGCCGUCUUUCAAGGACAAGAUGGUGAUUAAUAUAAAGAGCAUCCUAUGGGUGUGCUGUACCUUAAUAGCAACCCAUGCACAGCAUAAAGUUAAAGUGGAAAAAAGCCCACCUGUUAAGGGCUCCCUCUCUGGAAAAGUCAACCUACCUUGUCAUUUUUCAACCAUGCCUACCUUACCACCCAGUUACAACACCACCAGUGAAUUUCUCCGUAUCAAAUGGUCCAAGAUUGAAUUGGACAAGAGUGGGAAAGAUUUAAAGGAGACUACUGUUCUCGUGGCCCAAAAUGGGAAUAUCAAGAUUAGUCAGGGCUACAAAGGAAGAGUGUCUGUGCCUACACAUCCCGAGGAUGUGGGCGAUGCCUCCCUCACCAUGGUCAAAUUGUUGGCAAGUGACGCGGGCCUCUACCGCUGCGAUGUCAUGUAUGGGAUUGAAGACACUCAGGACACGGUGUCACUGACUGUGGACGGGGUUGUGUUUCACUACCGGGCGGCGACCAGCAGAUACACUCUGAAUUUUGAGACUGCACAGAAGGCUUGUAUGGAUGUUGGGGCGGUCAUAGCAAGCCCGGAGCAGCUCAACGCCGCCUAUGAAGAUGGAUUUGAACAGUGUGACGCAGGCUGGCUCUCUGAUCAGACUGUUAGGUAUCCUAUCCGGACUCCCCGAGAAGGCUGUUACGGAGAUAUGAUGGGGAAGGAAGGAGUCAGGACCUAUGGAUUUCGCUCUCCUCAUGAAACUUAUGACGUGUAUUGUUACGUGGACCAUCUGGAUGGUGACGUGUACCACAUCACUGCUCUCAAUAAAUUCACCUAUGAGGAGGCUGAAGAAGAAUGUGAAAACCAGGACGCCAGGCUGGCCACAGUAGGGGAGCUGCACGCUGCUUGGAGGAACGGCUUUGACCAGUGCGAUUACGGGUGGCUGAUGGAUGCCAGCGUUCGCCACCCUGUGACUGUGGCCAAGGCCCAGUGUGGAGGUGGUUUACUUGGGGUGAGAACCCUGUAUCGUUUUGAGAACCAGACAGGCUUCCCUCCCCCUGAUAGCAGAUUUGAUGCCUACUGCUUUAAACCUAAACAGAUUGUAUCAGAGGCUACAACCAUCGAACUGAAUGUCCUUGCAGAAACUGCAUCACACAGUUUAUCUAAAGAUCUACAAAUGAUACCUGACAGAACUACACCAGUCAUCCCUUUAAUCACUGACUUACCUGUCAUUACAACAAAGUUUCCUUCUGUGGGAAAUAUAGUCAAUUUUGAACAGAAAUCCACAGUUCAAUCUCAAGCUGUCACACACAGGUUAGCCACGGAAUCGCCCACACCUGCUGGGAGAACCAAGAAGCCUUGGGAUAUGGACUAUUCCUCACCUCCUUCAGGACCACUUGGAAAGCCAGACAUAUCUGAAAUUAAGGAAGAAGUGCCCCAGAGUACAACUGUUAUCUCUCUUCAUGUUACUGAUUCAUGGGAUGGUGUCAUGAAAGAUAUACAAACACAAGAAUCAGUUACACAGAUUGAACAAAUAGAAGUGGGUCCCUUGGUAACAUCUAUGGAAACCUCAAAGCACAUUCCUUCCAAGGAGUUUUCUGUAACUGAAACACCAUUUGUAUCUACAACAAUGACCCUGGAAUCCAAAACUGAAAAGAAAACAGUAAGCACAAUUUCGGAACCAGUGACCACAACCCGCUAUGCAUUCACCUUGGAAGAAGGUGAUGGUGACGACAGAACUUUUACACUUAGACCUGAUCAGGGUACCUUGGUGUUUAGCCAAAUACCUGAAGUCAUUACCGUGUCAAAGACUUCAGAAGAUACCAUUUCUACUCAACUAGAGGAUGUGAAAUCAGUCUCAGCGUCGACAAUGGUCCCACCUGUAACUAUGCCUGACAAUGAUGGAUCAUUCUUGGACACCUGGGAAGAGAAACAGACUAAUGGUAGGGAACUUGAAGAUAUUUUUGGCCAGGAUGUAUCCAGCACACCUUUCCCAUCACAGCAUCAUACAGAAGAAGAAUUGUUUCCUUAUUCUGGUGAUAAAAGAUUAGUCGAAGGAAUAGCCACAGUUAGUUAUCCCUCUCCACAAACAGCAAUAACACAAGGAAGAGAAAGAACAGAAACACAAAGACCAGAGAUGAGAACAGAUACGUAUACCGAUGAUGAAAUGCAGGAAAAGAUCACCGAAGAGCCACUUAAAAGAAAAAUAGAGGAAGAAGGUGCUUCUAGAAUGAAGUUCUCUACAGCUUCCUCAGAGCCACGUCAUCUUACAGAAUCUUCAAUGGAAAUGACCAAAUCGUUUGAUUCCCCAGCAGUGACAACAACAAAACUAAGUGUGGUGCCCACAGAGGCAAGAGAUGUGGAGGAAGAUUUUACAACUGCAGUUGGAUUAGAAACAGAUGGCUAUCAAGAUACGACAAAGGAUGAUGAGAGCAUUACAACAGUGCAUUUGACCCACAGCACUUUACAUGUGGAAGUGGUCACUGUAUCAAAGUGGUCACGGGAUGAAGAUAAUACAACCUCAGAGCUGAUAGGGUCCACAGAACAUGCAGGCUCUCCAAAAUUGCCCCCUGCCCUACCUACCACUACAGGAGUGAGUGGAAAGGAAAAAGAAAUCCCAAGUUUCACUGAAGAUGGAGGAGAUGAAGGUAGUACUCAAAAGCCAUUAGAGCGGUUUACUGAGGAAGACACCACAGACAAUGGGAGAUUCACAGUUAGAUUUCAGCCAACUACAUCAAUAGGCAUUUCAGAAAAGUCAACUUUGAGAGAUUCUAUAACUAAAGAAAGAGUUCCACCUAUCACAAGCACGGAAGGUCUAGUUGUUCAUGCGACCAGAGAAGGAAGUGUUUUGGAUGAAGGAGAAUAUAUAGAUGUCUCUAAGCCUGUAUCUACUGUCCCCCACUUUGCACACACUUCAGAUGUGGAAGGAUUGGCAUUUGUUAAUUAUAGUAGCACCCAAGAGCCUACUACUGAUGUAAUCACUUCCCAUACCAUUCCUCUUUCUAUAAUUCCCAAGACAGAGUGGGGAGCGUUGGUACCUUCUGUCCCAUCAGAAGGUGAAGUUCUUGGUGAACCCUCUGAAGACAAACAUGCCCUUGAUCAGACUCAUCUUGAGGCAACAAUUUCUCCUGAAACUAUAAAAACAACAACAGAAAUCACUCAGGAAGAAUUCCCUUGGAAAGAACAGGCUCCAGACAAACCAGUUCCUGCUCUCAGUACUACAGCUGGCAUAGUCAAGGAGGCAACACGACCUGUGGAUGAACAAGAUACUGAUGGGUCAGCGUCACCUGUCAGCACCAGUGUCACCCAGCUUUUAGAGGAAACCACUACUGAGAAAAGAGAGAAAACACCCUUAGAUUAUAUUGAUUUAGGCUCAGGAUUACUCGAAAAGUCCAAAGCCACAGAACUGCCAGAAUUUGCAACAAUUGAAGCCACAGUUCCAAGUGAUAUCACCACAGCCUUCAGUUCAGCAGACAGACUUCCCACAAUUUCAGCAUCCAAGACACCUUCAGCAUCCACUGAGCUGCCUAUCAUUGACAGGGAACCUGGUGAAGAAACCACCGGUGACAUGGUAAUCAUUGCAGAAGCAACACCUCCUGUUCCUCCCACCACCCCAAAGGAUACUGUAGCCAAGGAAACAGAAACCGAUACUGAUGGAGAGUAUUUCACAGCUCCAACUACUCCUUCUGCUCUACAGCCAACAAGACGACCAACUAUGGGAGGCAAAGAGGCCUUCAGACCUCAGCCACUUUCCACUCCAGAACCCCCGGUGGGGACAAAAUUCCACUCUGACAUAAAUGUUUUUAUUAUUGAGGUCAGAGAAAACAAGACAGGUCGAAUGAGUGAUUUGAGUGUAAUUGGUCAUCCAAUAGAUACAGAGUCUAAAGAAGAUGAAUCUUGUAGUGAAGAAACAGAUCCAGAGAACCAUCUAAUUGCUGAAAUUUUACCUGAAUUAAUUGAAAUAGAUCUAUACCACAGUGAAGAAGAGGAAGAGGAAGAGGAAGAGGAAGAUUGUGCAAAUGCUACUGAUGUAACAACCACCCCAUCUGUACAGUACAUCAAUGGGAAACACCUGGUCACCACUGUGCCCAAGGACCCAGAGGUGGCAGAAGCUAGGCGUGGCCAGUUUGAAAGUGUUGCACCUUCUCAAAAUUUUUCAGACAGCAGUGAAAGUGAUACUCACCAGUUUAUAAUAGCCGAAACUGGAUCAUCUACUGCCCUGCAACCAAAUGAAUCUAAAGAAACAACUGAAUCACUUGAAAUUACAUGGAAACCUGAGACUUACCCUGAAGCACCGGAACAUUUUUCAAGUGGUGAAUCUGAUGUUUUCCCCACAGCCCCGUUCCCUGAGGGAGAAGCCACAGAGGGACGUGGUUCAGUCACAGAGAAAGGUCCUGAGCUUGACAAUGUGGUGCAUGCACAUACUGCACCUGUACCUCUAUUUCCUGAAGAGUCUUCAGGAGAUGCUGCCAUUGACCAAGGAUCCUCAGAAAUGAUCUCUUUAAGGUCUACAGAAGUAAUAUUUGGUGAAGAGGCAGACAAAAGUACUUCUGUCACAUACACUCCAAGUACCGUCCCAAGUUCUGAGUCAGCAGAUGUUUUGGAGGAACUAUCAGUUGCCUCAACCGGAAAUCCCCGACCUGCUGACCCAUCAUCCACUGUGGAAAGCGGAGUGCAGAUAACCCUCAGACAAACUGUUGAGCCCUCAGGGAGUCUUUCAAUUCCAAUUCCUGAAGGCUCUGGGGAAGCAGAAGAAGAGAAAGAUAAAAUGUUCACUGUGGUAACUGAUUUAUCACCGAGAAAUACUACAGAUACACUGGUUACUUUAGAUACUAGCAAGAUAAUGAUCACAGACCACCUUUUUGAUGUUCCUGCAACCAUUUACUCGGCUUCUGAACAACCGUCUGCAGAAGUAGUGCCUACCAAAUUUGUAAGGGAAACGGGCACUUCUGAGUGGGUCUCCAGUACAUCUCUUGAGGGAAAGAAAAGGAAAGAUGAGGAGGAGGGAACUACAGGUCCAGUUGCUACAUUUCAGCUAAAUUUGCCUACACAGAGAUCAGAUCAAUUAACUUUACCCUCUGAAUUAGGAAACUCAAAUGAAGCUCUGUCUAGUGAUUCAGUAUCUACUUCCAGAAACAGAUUUAUGGCUUUGACAACACCCACACAGUCUGAAAAGGAAAGGACAAGUUCUACUCUUGUCUUCACAGAUACAAAUGUUUCAGAUAACCUGGGGGCACAGACUGCUAAGCCCCAUAGGAGGGGUCAGUCUGCAGUGCAGGAAGGGCUGUCCACUGUCUCAGGUAGCCCCAUCUCUCUCUUUGUGGAGCAGGGCUCUGGAGAAGCUGCUGCUGACCCAGAAACCACCACUGUUUCUUCAUUUUCCUUAAAUUUAGAGCCUGAAAUCCAAACCCAAAAGGAAACAGCCAGCACUUUGUCUCCCUCUGUGGAAACUGUGUUCCCUUUUGAGCCAACAGGACAAGUCUUGAAUACUGUGAUGGAUAGAGAAGUCACUGAAAUUAUAAGACAAACAUCCAAGGAAAACCUGAUAUCAGAGGUUUUAAGAGAGCCAUAUAAUGGGGCAGAAAUAAAUGGCUUUUCCACAGAUUUUCCUUUGGAGGAAGAUUUCAGUGGUGACUUUAGAGAAUUCUCGACCGUAUCUCCUCCCUUAACAAAAGAAGAAAGAGUAGUGAUGGAAGGCUCUGGGGAUGCAGCAUUUAAGGAUACCCAAAUUUCAGCAUCUGCAGCACCCACUUCAGAUCGCAUCAAUCACAUAGCUGACUCGGAGGGACCUGGUGGCACUUUGGUGGGCACUUCAGCCUUUCCUUGGGAAGAGUUCACAGCCUCAGCUGAGGGCUCAGGUGAGCAAUUGGUCUCAGUCAGCAGCUCUGUUGACCAAGUGUCUCCCAGUGCUGUGGGGAAUGUUUUUGGUACAGAGCCGCCAUUGAUUGACCAAGUAUUGAGAGAAGAAGGUACUAUCAAAGAAGCUGAAAGAAGACCCACCAUUUUACCAAGAGCAGAAGCUAACGAUACUGAACCUCCAAUAGAAAAGGGGAGUGUGAAGGUUGAUAGCACGGUUUCAGUGGACUUUCCCCAGACAAUGCAGCCAACCAAAUUAUGGUCCAGGCAAGAAAUCAACCCUAUAAAGCAAGAAAUUGAGACUGAAACAGCAUCAGAAGAAAAGAUUCAAGAAAAAUCUUUUGAAUCCCCCCAAAGCUCUGUCAUACCAGAUCAAACAAUUUUUGAUUCACAAACGUUUACUGAAACUGGACCUCAAAGCACAGUUUAUUCUACAGUAGCAACGAAGAAAGUUUACAAUGCUGAUGAGGAAAUGGAGGAGGAAGGCACUUCCUUAGUUGACACGUCUGUUCCAGAUCCAGGCACAAAGGGUUUGGAACCCUACACUACUCUCCCUGAGGUUACUGAAAAAUCCCACUUUUUCUUAGUCACGGCCUCAGUGACUGAAUCUAUACUAGCUGAGAGUGUAGUUACAGACCCAUCAAUCCAAGAGGAAAAAAAUGUAAAACCAUCUCCCAAAGUUAUGACACCAGAAUCUAAAGAGUCAGAUCCUGAUCUUUUAUUCUCUGGACUCGGAUCAGGAGAAGACAUUUUGCCCCCUACAGUAUCUGUGAAUUUUACUGAAAUGGAACAAAUCAUUAGCACAUUAUACCCCCAGACUUCUCAAAUGGAAAGUUUAGAAACCAGCAUCUCAAGUGAUACAACUGAAGGCUAUGAAGGGAUGGAAAAUGUGGCAAAUGAAGUUCGACCACCCAUUUUUAACACAGACAGCAUCUCUGAAGAUAAUGAGAUGGCAUCCAACACAACAUCACUAGAAAUGUUAAGGGACACCAGGACCAAGGGACCCUCUGUGGCACCUCUCACUUUCUCCACAGACACUGAACAUCCUCCAAAUCAGAUGCACAGUUGGGCAGAAGAAACCCAGACUAGUAGACCACAACCCACUACUGAACAAGUCUCUAAUAAGAACUCUUCACCAGCAGAAACUAGAGAAACAGCCCCCUCUUCCACUGAUUUUCUGGCUAUAGUGUAUGGUCUUGAGAUGGCCAAAGGAUCUGUUACAUCAGCACCCAAACCAUCAGACUUGUUUCACGAGCAUUCUGGAGAAGGAUCUGGGGCAUUGGAUACCGUUGAUUUAGUCCACACUUCUGGAACUACUCAGGCGACUGGGCAAGGCAGCACCCCAAUUGUUUCUGAUAGAUCCUUGGGAAAACAUCCCGAGGUUCCAAGUGCUAAAGCCGUUACUGUUGCUGGAUCCCCAACAGUGUCAGUGGUGAUGCCUCUUCAUUCAGAGCAGAGCGAAAGCUCCCCAGAUCCAACUACCACACCAUCAAAUACAGUGUCGUAUAAGCAGCCCACCGAAGGUGCUGUGGGUAGUUUCCACGGCCAUUUCAGGGGAUUCGAGGAUUCAACCUUAAAACCUGACAGAAGAAAAGCCACAGAAAAUAUUAUUAUAGAUCUGGACAAAGAGGACAAGGAUUUAAUAUUGACAAUUACAGAGAGUACCAUCCUUGAAAUUCUACCUGAGCUGACAUCAGAUAAAAAUACUAUCAUAGAUAUUGAUCACACUAAACCCAUAUAUGAAGACAUUCUUGGAAUGCAAACAGACAUAGAUCCAGAGAUACUAUCAGGACCACAGGGCAGUAAUGAAGAAAGCUCCCCAAUUCAAGAGAAGUAUGAGGCAGCUGUUAACCUCUCCUUAACUGAGGAAAACUUUGAGGGCUCUGGCGAUACUCUUCUGGUUAACUACACUCAGGCAGCACAUAAUGACUCAACGACAUCUGAAGACAGAAGCCAAUUCAAUCACAUGAGCUUUAUCUUCACAACCGGGAUUCCCAUCCCGAGCAUAGAAACAGAAUUAGAUAUUUUGCUUCCUACAGUAACAUCCCUGCCCAUUCCUCGUAAGUCUGCCACAGUUUAUCCAAAUAUUAAAGAACCAAACAUCGAAGCAAAAGCCCUGGAAGACAUCUUUGAAUCAAGCACUCUGUCUGAUGGUCAAGCUAUUGCAGACCAAAGCGAAGUAAUAUCAACAUUGAGCCAUUUGGAAAAGACACAGUAUGAAGAAAAGAAAUAUGUAGAUCCUUCUUUUCAGCCAGAAUUGUUUUCAGGAGCCGGGGAGGCACUGAUAGAUUCCACACCUCACGUAAGUAUUGGUACUAUCCAUGUUAUGGCUCAGAGUUUAACAGAGGCGCCUAAUAUGACAGAAGGAUCUAAUCCCCCAGAUUACACUGCGUUUGCAAAGUUGUCCUCUCAGACACCAUCAUCUCCAUUCAGUGUCCCCUUAGGCAGUGGAGCCUUUGAACACACAGAGGGCCCCCAGCCAAGUGCUCUGCCUGGUAUAGACAAGGGCCUAUCUCACACGUCCCCGGGAAAACUUGCAAAUAUUGAAGUGACUUUCAAAGCAUCAAGUGGAGAAUACUUUCACGUAACCGGGCCUCCACCCUUACCUCCUGACACAGAAUUAGAGCCUUCAGAAGAUGAAAGUGAACCUAAGUUAUUAGAACAGAUAGAAGCUUCCCCCACAGAACUAAUUGCUGAAGAAAGAACUGAGAUUCUCCAAGAUUCCCCAAACAAAACCAAUGUUCAGCUUUCUGCAGAAACAAUCAAGGUAUUUCCUGCUGUGAGAAUACCUGAGGCUGGAACUGUUGUCACAACGGCAGGUGAAAUUAAAUUAGAAAAUGCUACACCGUGGCUACAUUCUACUCCUGCGACUUAUGGGGCUGAGACAGGUGUGGUGCCUCAGCCUAGCCCACAGACUUCUGAGAGGCCCACUGCUCCGUCUUCUCUGGAAAUCAACCCUGAAACGCAAGCAGCUUUUAUCAGAGGGCAAGAUUCCACAGUUGCAGCUUCGGAACAGCAAGCAUCAGCGAGAAUUCUUGAUUCCGGUACUCAGGCAACUGUGCACACUGCAGAGUUAAGUAUUGCGCUUGCAACACCAUCACUUUACCUUCUGGAAACUUCUAAUGAAACCAGUUUCCUGAUUGGCAUGAAUGAGGAGUCAGUGGAACGCACAGCAGUCUAUUUACCAGGACCGAAUCGUUGCAAAACAAACCCGUGCCUUAAUGGAGGUACCUGCUAUUCUACGGAAACUUCCUACGUAUGUACCUGUGUGCCAGGAUACAGCGGCGACCAGUGUGAAAUUGACACCGAGACCUGUGACUACGGCUGGCACAAAUUCCAAGGGCAGUGCUACAAAUACUUUGCCCAUCGACGCACAUGGGAUGCAGCCGAACGGGAAUGCCGUCUUCAGGGUGCCCAUCUCACAAGCAUCCUCUCUCAUGAAGAACAAAUGUUUGUGAAUCGUUUGGGCCAUGAUUACCAGUGGAUAGGCCUCAAUGACAAGAUGUUUGAGCACGACUUCCGUUGGACCGAUGGAAGCACCCUGCAAUAUGAGAACUGGAGGCCAAACCAGCCAGACAGCUUCUUUUCUGCUGGAGAAGAUUGUGUUGUCAUCAUUUGGCAUGAGAACGGCCAGUGGAAUGAUGUUCCCUGCAAUUACCAUCUCACCUACACUUGCAAGAAAGGAACAGUUGCUUGCGGCCAGCCCCCUGUUGUAGAAAAUGCCAAGACCUUUGGAAAGAUGAAACCUCGUUAUGAAAUCAACUCCCUGAUUAGAUAUCACUGCAAAGAUGGUUUCAUUCAACGCCACCUUCCAACUAUCCGUUGCCUAGGAAAUGGAAGUUGGGCUAUGCCUAAAAUUACCUGCAUGAACCCAUCUGCAUACCAAAGGACUUAUUCUAAGAAAUUCUUUAAAAAUUCCUCAUCAUCAAAGGACAAUUCAAUAAAUACAUCAAAACAUGAGCACCGUUGGAGCCGGAGGUGGCAGGAGUCGAGGCGCUGAUCCCUAAAAUGGCGAACAUGUGUUUUCAUCAUUUCAGCCAAAGUCCUAACUUCCUGUGCCUUUCUAUCACCUCGAGAAGUAUUAUCAGUUGGUCUGGAUUUUUGGACCACCAUCCAGUCAUUUUGGGUUGCUGCGCUCCCAAAAACAUUCUAAACGAAAGCAUUGGCAUUCAAGAAGAAAGCAAACGAAAUGAAAGAAAAUGAGGGCAGAAAGUAACCAUUUCCAGCCUAUCUGAGUUAUUUAGUUUUCUAUUUGCCUCCAGUGCAGACCAUUUUAUAAUGUAUACCAGCCUACUGUACUAUUUAAAAAGCUCAAUUCAGCACCAAUGGCAAUGUAAAUAAGAUGAUUUAAUGUUGAUUUUAAUCCUGUAUAUAAAAUAAAAAGUCACACUGAGUUCGGGCAUAUUUAAUGAUGAUUAUGGAGCCUUAGAGGUCUUUAAUCAUUGGUUCGGCUGCUUUUGGUAGUUUGUUUAGGCUGGAAAUGGUUUUACUUGCCCUUUGACUGUCAGCAAGACUGAGGACGGCUUUCCUGGACAACUAACAAACACAGAGCCUUGUAGGUCAUUCUGUACCCUCUCGGCCGUGGGUGCAAUUUGCUUUCAUGUGAUGCUGAAGCCCGGCUAAUGGGAUCCUGACAGAACGAGGGAACUGCCAUGUGGGACUCUUCUUUGUUGCAUUCCUUUUUCUUCACUUACGAGAAAGGCCUGAAUGGAGGACUUUUCUAUGACCAGGAGCAUUUUUUAGGGGUCAAAGUGCUAAUUAUUAACUGAACCAGGUCUACUUUUUAAUGGCUUUCAUAACACUAACGUGCAAGGUUCCAGUUCAACACAUUUCAAAUGGAUAUCGACCUAGGGCUCUGGAGGGGGGUGGGGGGGAUUGUUAAAACAACAACACACAUUCAAAGAAAGAAAUUUUGUAUAUAUAACCAUUUUAAUCUUUUAUAAAGUUUUGAAUGUUCAUGUAUGAAUGCUGCAGCUGUGAAGCAUACAUAAAUAAAUGAAGUAAGCCAUACUGAUUUAAUUUAUUGGAUGUUAUUUUCUCCAAACCUGAAAAUUGACAUAGUAUGCUAGCUAUUUUUCAAUGUUAGCCUUUAUACUUCCCUCACACCGUUUGGAACCAUAUAAUCUAGGUACUUUGUCCCCAAUUAAAUAAUGUGAUGGAUAGAAUGCAUCAAGUGUUUAUUAUGAAAAGUGUGGAAAAGUGUAUAGCUUUCAGUAUAUGGUGUUCACCCGUUCUAAACAAGGAGCAUAUAUAUAGAAAUAGUGUGGGCAUUUCUGCCUGGUAGGUUGAGUGUAUUUGUUGAAAUGUCUCCCUAUCUCUUCUCACUCGUUUUCUCCCCUUUAUUUGAAUAAAGUGACUGCGGAAGAUGACUUUGAAUUAUUAUCCACUUAAUUUAAUGUUUAAAGAAAAACCUGUAAUGGAAAGAGGGCAUUUAGGAGUCUUUCCUUAAUUUCAGUUAGAAUGACCUUGAGAAGUGUAAACAACAAAUAAAGUGUAAAUAGCAAAAGAGCAGCCCCAACACUGAAUCUUUUUCAUGAAAUCCUUUGGCUUAGAAAGAAUGACAGUAGCUACAAUCAUUCACAGUGUCUUUCAGCGAGUUCCCUUGGUUGCUGCAUUAACUGUUAUCCACCUCUGGGUGUUCUCGAGCACAGAACAACACUGUUGGUCUAUUAGGUUUUCAUUUUUCCUCUCAUUACAAUGCACCUAAUACAUUCCUGUAUUUAUAUUAUAACAUGUAUAGUGUAAAAUGUGAAUGAUUGUGGGGUUUUUUGUUUGUUUUUUUUGGGGUUUUUUUGUGAAUGAAAAUCUAAAAUCUUUGUAACUUUUUAUACCUGCUUUUGUUUCACCAAAGAAACCUAAAGUCCUUCUUUUAAUA